AUGUGGGAUUUCGCCUGUACAGCUCUGAGUGGGAAUCAGUAGUUUCUUUGUUCGUCACUAUGGAAACAAGUCAGCCUAUCCUGAAUGGCUGUCAGAUCUCGCAGAGUGAUGCUGGUGGCUCAGUGUAACUUCACCACGGAGCAGGCUGGCGCUGCCAUCCCCUCACCCGCAGCUCUUUCCUGCUGGGAGCCCAGCCAUGCAGGACCUGCCCCGGCGGUGCUCGGCCCUGCCCUUCCUCAGCUCCUUCUUCCAGGGUCGCCGGCACUCAUCCUCGGACCCCAUCCUGCAGCAGGGCCGGCGCGGCUCGGCCACCCAAACUCUCUCCUCAUCCUCUCUCCAGGUGAUGGUGGCAGUGGCCUCCGUCAGCUCUGCUGAAAGAAACCCAACUUGCCUCCAGAGAAAAAGAAAUUCAGGACGUCCAACACCAAAGUAUACAAAAGUCGGAGAGCGCUUACGGCAUGUGAUUCCUGGACACAUGGCCUGCUCCAUGGCGUGUGGUGGCAAAGCUUGCAAGUAUGAAAACCCAGCCCGCUGGAGCGAGCAGGAGCAAGCCAUCAAGGGGGUCUACUCAUCGUGGGUCACUGAGAAUAUCCUGGCCAUGGCUCGCCCGUCCACUGAGCUCCUCGAGAAGUACCAUCUCAUCGAACAGUUCCAAAGCCAUGGCAUAAAAACAGUCAUCAACCUGCAGCGGCCUGGUGAGCAUGCCAGCUGUGGGAACCCUCUGGAACAAGAAAGUGGCUUCACAUACCUUCCUGAAGCUUUCAUGGAGGCUGGCAUUUAUUUCUACAAUUUUGGAUGGAAGGAUUAUGGUGUAGCAUCGCUCACUGCCAUCUUAGAUAUGGUGAAGGUGAUGACAUUUGCCUUACAAGAAGGAAAAGUAGCUGUCCAUUGUCACGCAGGGCUUGGUCGAACAGGUGUUUUAAUAGCGUGUUACUUAGUUUUUGCAACAAGGAUGACUGCUGACCAAGCAAUUAUAUUUGUUCGGGCAAAGCGACCCAAUUCCAUACAAACUCGAGGACAAUUACUCUGUGUGAGGGAAUUUACUCAGUUUCUGAUUCCUCUUCGCAGUAUAUUCUCUUGCUGUGACCCUAAAGCACACGCGGUUACUUUAGCACAGUACCUCAUUCGCCAGCGGCAUCUGCUUCAUGGUUAUGAGGCCCGACUUCUGAAACACGUACCCAAAAUUAUCCAUCUCGUUUGCAAAUUGCUACUGGACUUAGCCGAGAACAGGCCAGUGGUGACAGAAGAGGUGGCAGAAGGGCCCAGCCUGUCUGCCGAAAUUGAGAAGACGGUUUCUGAGAUGAUCACCCUGCAGCUGGAUAAAGAGUUACUGAGGCAGGGCAGCGACGCAUCCGAUUCCUUCCCCCCCACUGCAGUGGCCGCAGAUUUUGAGAAUCAGGACGUGAUUCUUUCCAGCGAGCAAGAGAUUGACCCUCUUUGGAAGAGGCGGAAUGUUGAGUGCCUUCAGCCCCUGACUCAUCUGAAAAGGCGAUUCAGCUACAGCGACUCAGAUUUGAAGAGGGCUGAGUCGCUUCUGGAGCAGGGGGGAUCUCCGUGGACAGGGCCUGCCCAGGCCUUGUGUGGCCAUAACCCUGGGCAGCAGAAGCCCAUAAGCCACUGCUACACCCCCCAGUCUCCACAGCUUGAUCCAAGUAAGGAAACGCUCGUCCGAAAUACAUUCUCUUUCUGGAAUCAGGCUAAAUUUGGAGGCCUGGAGGGACUCAAAGAUGAGGGGUCGCAGGUUUUCCAUAGGGAGAUUAUUCCAAAGGAAGUACAGCGGAGCAGAACCUUCUCUUCGGGUGUUUCAGGUUCAUACAACCCUAAGGAACCGGUUACACUGAAUCUUGCAGAUAUCCCGAUGGAACCAGAGUGUUCUCCCCAGCAAGCGCCCUGCUGUCAGUACAAAACCCCUGCUGCUUGCUGCUCCGACACCCUCCGUGGCCCCGUGGACUGUGGCUUCAGCCCCAAAGCACCCUUCUCGGUUGGACGCAACCACGCCCAGGACAGCAAAGAUCUGUCUGCAGUUGCUCCACACACUGCUUUGCAGUCUGAAUUGAGUGUCGAAGCCAGGAGAAUACUGGCAGCCAAAGCCCUGGCAAGUUUAAAUGAGUUUGCCGAAAAGGAGGAGGUGAAAAGGAAGGUAGAAAUGUGGCAGAAAGAACUAAAUUCCCGAGAUGGAGCUUGGGAAAGAAUAUGUGGCGAAAGAGACCCUUCCGUCUUGUGCAGUCUAAUGUGGUCUUGGGUGGAGCAACUGAAGGAGCCUGUGAUCACCAGAGAGGACGUGGACACGUUGGUCGGCAGCCACACAGAUGCCGCGGAAGCACUAUUUUUAUUAGAGAAGGGCCAGCACCAGACCAUCCUCUGUGUGUUGGACUGCAUCGUGAGCCUGCAGGGGAUCCCGGCGGACGUGGAGGAAGCCAUCCUCUCCCGUGCCAUUAAAGCCUUCACCAAGGUUAAUUUUGACUCUGAAAAUGGACCAGUAGUUUACGACACCCUGAAGAAAAUAUUUAAGCACACGCUGGAAGAAAACAGGAAAAUGACAAAAGACGGCCCUCAGCCUGGCGUUUAGUGACGCUUCCCUGGUGGCGGACCUCAGACCUGAGACCCAGAUGGCGUUUCUGCUCACAGAUGAACAGGUUGGAGUGUGGAGCCACUUCGUCUCAUAGCACUUUAUCUCAGAUGCUCUUGGUUUGUGCUAAGAAAACUCAUUUCUCUUGGGAACAAUUAUUUAUUUUAAAAUAUUCUCAAGCUACGUUUUUGUGUUGAAAAAUUGCCAUAAUGUUGGUGCCACUUUCUUGUAUUUAUUUAACUGAAUUAACAUUGUUGUAUUAAUAUGUUAAGUAUGUGGUGUUUACAUCUUUAUUCUUUUUGACAUUUUGGAAAAGUUGCAACUCUUCUUUCCAAAACAAUUAUUUUGUCAGUGGAGCCCUUGCUGGAGUUUUUACCAAAUAUGAAAUUUUAGUAGUAAAACUUCAUUGUGGAUCCAUCCCCCUGAUCCAUGACCUAAGGAAGUCACAAAGUGUCUUAAGCUGUUUUGUAUUUGUUAAUAAGAAGGCUAUUGAUACAACAUUUUUUAAGGAUUUUUUUUAAUUUGCAAAUUUUUUGUUUUUUUUCUUUUUAUAAACAUGUGAAAGGAUUUCAAGGUAUGUUAUGUCUCAGAGCGAUUUAGUUUUGGGUUGAAGGUUGACUAUGAGGUGGUUGGGAUUUUUUACCACAGGAAGUAGACUUGCUCUUGGUCAGGCUUCCAGACUCCCGGGCUGACCUCUGCUGUCACAGGAGGCAGGAGCGCUUCUCAGCACGUCCAGCCUGAUGCCCACGAAACAGCAUCUUCACAGAGGAAGCAGGGGCCGUGGUGGGCAGUGUGGGCAGCUGCUCAGAAGCAGGACUCCACAGGGAGGACCGUCAGGUGGGGCCAGGCUCCGUGCAGCAGUGUGACCACCGGCCCACACCUCCCACAUCUGCCCUUCCGUGGACCUUGUCGUCUCAAGGCCCUGUCUUCAGCCUCUUGUCACUCUGAGAACUGAGAUUCUUAAACUGAAUGUGACGCACAUAGACCGCAGUCACCCUACGGGCUCGAGAUAAGAAUAAGUGAACUAGUUACUGUCUAACUAGUUCUCUGUGGACCAAACUGUCAUUCAGCAGUUGAAGCUGUGAGGAAUGUGUGCAGUACCAGAGGCCAGGCCACACAGAGGGUAAUCAUUUUUCCCAAUAAAUGUGAUAUUCAUCAAACCAA